AUGGCCAAUCCCCUUAUCAGCAAUCACCAUGGAAAGAAUGGCAAGUACACUCAGGCCUUCUUGGACCAGAAUGGGCCCGGCGACACUCGACCUAUUGCUCUUGACAUUCUCAAGGACAACGACCGGACCGGUACCAUGAAAGACAAGGUCGUUCUUCUCACCGGGUCCUCGGGAGGAAUCGGAGUUGAGACUGGGCGUGCCCUCGCCGCAACUGGUGGUAAAGUGUAUCUGGGCGUUCGUGACUUGGAGAGAGGAAAGGCGGCUCUGAAGGAGAUACUCGAACCAGGCCGUGUGGAGCUGCUUGAGCUUGACAUUGGCUCAAUGGAAAGCGUCCGCGCCGCGGCCAAGACCUUUUAG